AUGCAAGACCACGACAACUCAGAGUCAGACCAGGUGUGGGUCAUCACAGACACACAGAACAAGUUCCCUGCAGCACUGGCAGGGGGUCCUGAGCGGAUACCUCCUGAAGCAACUGAAGAAGUUAACACCGGAGAAUCCCUUCAAGUGUUCGCAGUGGCGGCUGGCGUCGCUUUGCUCGUCGCCUUGUUCACCCUUCACCGAGUGGGCGCGUCGAGAGACGCGAAGUCCCGAGAGGGCAGAGCGGCCGAGGAGGACCUGACAGUGUCAACAAACCUGGGGCCCAUCCGUGGCGUCGCGCUGCAGGUGCUCGACAAGAAGGUGGUGGCUUACUACGGCGUGCCUUACGCUCAACCACCCGUGGGUGCGCGCCGAUACCGCGUGCCCCAGCGCCGCGCACCGUGGUCGGACACGUUCAACGCCACCGAGCGGGAAGACGUGCGCUGCGCCCAGGUAGCCGGCGGCGAGUACUUCGAGUCUCAGGCCAACGCGUCCGCCGAGGAGGACUGCCUUACCAUAGACGUCUUCGUGCCUAAGAGUGCCUACGACCGCAGCUCGAGGCAAGUCGAUGCAGAUGUCUGCCGGGAUUGCAAUGUAAUGUUCAAUGUUCACAGCUCGGUGCCGCUCCCGAAUACGAGUAAUGAUAUGCAGGUGCUAUACCUGCUUCCCGCUAUCGUCUGUCGAUGUGCUCAGGAAAUAGUUCCGGCAGUUUUCGACAGCAUCUGGGGUGUGGAUAUUUUCGUGCCCAGGCCCAUCGUGGUGGUGCUGCACGGCGGCGGCUUCCGCACGGGCUCCAACCGUCACCCCCUGUACGACGGCCGUUGGCUGGCGGGCGUUGCCGACGUUGUCGUUGCGGUGCCCAACUACCGCCUAGGCCCGCUGGGCUUCUUACGCGCCGGCGAGGGGAAGCCGGAGGCCCCCGGAAACCAGGGUCUCUGGGACCAGUUGCUCGCCAUGCAGUGGGUGCGCGCCAAUGCGGCUUCGUUCGGCGCCAGUCCGGACGCGCUGACUCUGCUCGGCGUCGACAGCGGAGCCGUGAGCGCGGGUCUGCACCUGCUGUCACCGCUGAGCAGGCAGUUCUUCGAGCGCGCGGUGCUGGCGGGCGGCAGCCCGUUUGUCAUGAGCCGCUACAGCGCGUUCGCCGAGCUGGACGAGCUGCGUCAGCUAGCUGCCACCGUGUGUGACGAGCCGCAGACGGGCCCGGAGGCAGAGAAGGACGAGCUGCCCUUGAGGAAGCCGGCGAUGGCUUGCCUCCGUGCCGCCGCCGCCGAACACAUCGUUGGCAGCCUGGACGAGUUCAAUGGCGUCAACGCGCGGCCAUUCGGCCCCGUCUACGGCGCCAACGACACCGCCGAGGACGACUUCUUCCUGCCGACAGCCGCCGGAGACUCGUACCUCCUUCCGGACGAAGAAGGAGUCGGCGGGGCUUUCGGCGGCAAGGCGCUGGUCAUCGGCUACGCCACCAACGAAGGCGAGUACUUCCUGCGGCAGUUCGUCGACCAGUGGGACCUGGAGAGUGCGGACUCGCUGCCCAAAUCUCUUGUGCGUCUGCUGCUCGACAGGCUGUUGCUCCACUUCUUCGGUCCCAAGCAGCUGGCGGAGCUCAGGGCGCUGUACUUCGGCGAUCUGCUUGCGGACAACGACGGCGCGUCCUUCUCUUCGGCCGCUGACGCCUACUUGCAGGCUGCGUCCUUUCUUGGCGACGUGCUGGUCAAGUGUCCUGCCAGGAUGAUGGCGGAACUCGCGUCGGCUGGUGGCGCCAGCGUUUACUUCUACGAACUCGAUUACAACGUCAACGCGCUGGCCGCGGACGAGGGAGCUGGGCUGCAGGGCCGCUGGUCCGGCGCGCCCCACUACACCGACGCACUCUUUAUGCUCGGCGUCUUUCUCGGCCGGGAAGUUGCGGACGGAAGCCACAUCCUGGCUACUAGCCGCCGCAUGAUGGGCAAAGUGGGCGCCUUUGCACGAACAGGGGUGCCCGACCGGACCCGCGACGUGCCGUGGCCGCUGUACCGAAAGCCGCAGCGCGAGAUGGCCGCCAUCUCGCUCAACCGACUGCGCAUCGAUCACGUGCCCAGCAGUGAGCGGUGUCGCCGCCUAGCGCGGCACUCCCGCUGGAGUAGACUGCGGGCGGCCGCUUUUAUCUGACCACUGCGCUGACCGCUGCGGUCACGAGAAGGCGCUCUCUCUUCUUCGAUACCAUAUAUGGACACACACAAGGCGCACAUUACCCCGCGCUGGUAACGCUUUCUUUUGGCCAAGACGGUGCACUUUCUCAAAUUUUAUUUGCGGUAACGCCAAUAAACAGUUUUCUGUGUGGUACCAUCGCGAGUAAAGAAAGAUUAGGAAAUGACGCUACAAGCAUUAGUUACGCGAUUUACGUUAAAUGCGCAGCAGUAAUUGUUACCUAGGUGGCGAUUAUCUAUACAGGGAAAAUAUCACUUCGGGCUCAAACUUGAAAUAACGAUUUCAUAGAAUAGAGAAUGUGGGCUUGAUUAGAGAGAGAGAUCACAUCUGUCGCGGGAUGAGAAAAAUUUUGGUAUGGAAGAUUAAAUUUACAUAUCGUUAUACAUCUUUGAAUAAAGUAACGCUGUGGCGCUGUGUUCGAGCUACUGUAUAAUAUCGCAUGCGAACGCCAACCCUAUGACGAAAGUGUGUCGCAAUAUGUCUACCACGGCAGACGCGGUGCCACUGUCAACGGCACCAGGUAUGCUCGAAAUGACGAACCUUGUUCGGGCUGACAACGGGUUUCAGCCAAUCAAGGCGUGCAUCCAGGGUGGCAGCGGUAAAUGUUUUGUCGGAUUUCCCAGACAGUAACGCCGAAUGCAUUAUUUGAAAAGAAGGCAGCAAAAGGCGAUUGAGCUACAUGCGCUCACACUAGUGAACUACGCCGACAGUCAACGAUCUUUAAGGAGUUUUAGCAUGUUAAUUAAUGCGCAGAGUGAUACAUGUACUGAUUAAAAACUUCAUGCAGAAUAAAAUCCAGAUCAAACGCAAAUGCUAGACGCCAUGCGAAGGCAAGCUUUUGCGAGGCGAUCAUUUAAAUGCGGUGAAACUUCAUUUUCUGUGCCGUGUUUUGCAAUAUAGCGAUAUGCAAGACGCAGACACACUGACCACACGACACACGCUAUCGUGGGUUUCUGUCCCCGCGGUCGACUAGCAUCUCAUGGCAUCAUUUACGAAAUGUUGUACUAACUUUCACUAAAGGGAGCUGUUGUUGACGAAUAUUGAUAAAGCGU